AUGGGAGCUGUACCCUCCAAACCAGAUGACCCUCUCGGGACCUCGUGCUACAUGGAUCCGGCGUUUGUGGUCGACCGCAUCUCCGUCAUGAGCACCUCUUCGUCGUCAGCAAAGGCCAUAGCCGCCAACAACAAUGUGUCACAGGCCAGCGUGCGCAAUUCCGGUGUGCUGGCCAUUUCGCAAAAGCCCAACGAGCAGGUCGAUGUGCUUACUCAUCUCGUUACUCCGCUGUGCCAACUAUUACUUUCCUCUGCCGACCACACUCGCAAUGUGCUGACGACGGCGAACGACUUUGUGCAGGAUCCAGACGAUCCCUCUCGCUUCCUGGUGAGAGUGCGUCUGCCUCCAGAUGCCACGUGUCUCGCCCAGUUCGGUAUCCAGCUUUCAGACAGCAUUUCAGGCGGAGCUCUCAUCACAGCGUCCUCGCCCAAAGAAUUGCACCACUUCAUCACCAACGAGUUCUUCCACGACCCCAACAUCCACACACGGUCCAACGUAGCCUUCCUCGGCGACUUUACUCCGGGAAAGAUGGAGUUUGUAUGGGAACUAUCACAUCACCUGGGUAAGGGACCUCUCUACUGCUGUUUUGUGGAGUACGACAAACGACAAGACAGUCUACGGACGCUGGCCCAAUUCAAGUUCUUUGCGGAUACACAGACGACAACGCCACAGGUGACGUCAAAGCUCUCCAAUCUUGCCUUAUCGCCUUCUUCAGCUACCCAAGGAUCUUCCCCCUCCACAAACCUCACACCUCCAUCUUCAGAUAUCACAUACAACUCAACCGCAUCCGCCUCUCCAGGAUCGCCAACGUCGCCGCUACGGUCUCCAAAGACUAACGUGUUUGAUGCCUCGUCGCCCCUCAAACUAGCAGAACCCAUGUCGCUGACACAGGCUCUGUCACAGCAGGACGCAAUCAAGGGCCUGGGACAGAGCGUCGAUUCUCUGCUGGAAAAGAGCAUCAGUCCUGCUGACGUCCCGAUCCAGAACGGAGACGAUGGACCUGUCUUUCGGGCCACCAUCCAGUCGCUGGAAAAGAAGACCCGAUCUCUCAAGGCGCUCAUCAAGCGGCUUUACAAGCAGGCUGUGGUGGUAUCUGAGCGACAAUCGGAGCUCGCAACAGAGUACACGCUUUAUCUGGACUAUAUGAAGGAUAUUGACGGCAUCCAGGUUGCUGCCGGGGCGACGUGUGAGCAAUGGGUCCAGAUCGCAGCCUGGCUUAACUCGUCCAAUGUCGAUCUGCAGAUGCUGGUGCUAACGCCGCUCAAAAAGUUUUACGAAAACGAAAUCAAAAUGUUCGAGGGCCACAAGAAGGACUUUGACGACGAGUCGCGCGAAUACUACUCGUGGCUUAGCAGGUACCUGGGCCAAAAGUCCCCUCCUAAGGCGUCGAAGUCAGAUUCCAAGUACCAGGACAAGCGUAAGGCGUUUGAACUCAAGCGGUUCGACUACUUUACAUACCUCACAGACCUGCAUGGAGGACGAAAGAUGCAGGCUCUGACUCUGAGCAUUUCUCAGAACGAGGAGAAGCAGCUGGCGCGAUUUCUGGCACUAUCGGCUGGCAUUCAGGCGUCCAAGCCCAAAAUUGACCGACUGGUGGAUCAUGUAAAACAGGCGAGCAAGGAUUGGACCAGAAGCAGAACCGACGUGGAGAUUCGACGCCGGCAGCUCGAGAGAAGCAUUGAGGCGGGCGAAUCGACUCUUCCCAGCGCGCAAAACACACAGGCUCCUUCAUUAAGUGCAGCCCUCAGUAAUUCAAACAACAGUGGCAGCACCAACAACCUUGGUGCUGGAGCUCCAACAGCUCCCAAUCUCUCCUCCACACCCAUCCCCAUUCCCACUCCCAUGAGCGGACCCGGAGCACCUACCAGGUCUCGUUCUCAGGGCGCUAAUCGAGCAAUUCCCCGGCUCAAUACCUCACUCGGAGGCAUGCAGGGUGCUCGGUCUGCUGUUCCUAGCCUUCCAGCUCUUCCCAAUCUCACACCCUCCGCUUCUGCAUCUAAUGGCAGUUCCACAGCCCAGAAUAUCAAGUCGCUGAUCAUCGACUCGCCCCCAAAGCCCUCAAAACGUCACUCAUACAUUGAGGAUGUCAGUGAUCAUCUGAAUUUGCAACAACAACAGCAGCAGCAGCAACAGCAGCAGCAACACAGCUUUGAGGAGCUGUCUCCUGACUCGGCAGAGCACAAAGAGGGCCUGUUGUGGUCCAUGGACCCAUCUACCAAGAACAUCAACAAAAAGACGGUUGGAUGGCACAAAUAUUGGGUGGUGCUCGCUGGUGGACGGCUCUCCGAGUACAGCAACUGGAAGCAGGGGCUGGAGGCUAACAGAACUCCCAUCGACCUGAAAAUGGCGCUUUGUCGAGAAGCUCGAAACUCAGACCGUCGGUUCUGUUUCGAGAUUGUCACUCCCCAAACCAAGCGGGUGUACCAAGCCACGUCGGAGGAUGAUCUGGCCACGUGGGUGGCUGCUAUCAAUGGAGCAAUCAGUACGUCGUUGGAAAACGUUUCUUCUCCUCCUCGUGAGUCGUCUGCCCAAAUGGCCCAGCGGGAAUUAUCCCGGUCCCCUCUGAAGGACAAUGGGGCUCAUUUGAGACGAGUGGUGAGUUCUUCUGCCGGUACAGCCAUUCCCGGGUCUGGCGCUCCCCCUUCAAUGAGCCAGGCCCCUCCACAGAUGGGCCCCAUGUCUCCGGACGUGUACAAGUUGGCGGUGUCUAUCGAUCCAUCCAACAGCACGUGUGCAGAUUGUGCGUCGACGCAGGGCGUCACGUGGAUCUCCCUGAACCUCAUGGUGAUCAUCUGCACGCAGUGCUCGGCUGUGCAUCGGUCGCUGGGUUCACACGUGACUAAGGUUCGGUCCCUGACGCUUGACACGCGCGACUUCACGCCGGCGGUGAUCGAUGCGAUUCGCCAGGUGUGCAACCGAACUCUCAAUGACAUUUACGAGGCCAAACUUAGCGACAAGUCGACGCUGGUCAAAAACAGAGAGCAUUUCAUCCAAAACAAGUACGUUUCGCGCAAGUACGCUGCUCCGCUGAACGGCAACCAGGCGCUGAUCGAUGCAAUCGUGGCCCAUAAUGUGCUGGAGCUGCUGCGGGCCGUGUUUGCAGGCGCAGAUAUCAAUCUGCCUGUAAACGACGGUUUGUUGAUCUACAGUCUGCGGGCCAACCCUGUGCAUUUUGCCAUUCCUGAGCUGCUGCUGCUCAACGGCACCAAGGUACCCUCCAUUGAGCUGAGCGGCAAGGUGUCAUUGUCCGAGGAGGCCAAGCGGUAUCUAUUGCAGAAGGUGGAGAGGGCGAAUGAGUAA